AUGGCGGACGGAAGAAGCUUUAGAGAAGUAGCACUUCAUAGUGAUAGAAAUGGUGGAAAGACGGCUAAUUUUACGAUAGCAACCACGCUGACAACAACAGUAAAAGAUGAAGAUUAUGCGAAAUCACACGUUGGGGGUGGAUAUGCGUAUCGAGAGAGUGGGCUUGCGGACGCUGUCACGAGAAACCGCUUUAUUUUCUGGUCGGUACUUUAGUUUAAAAUAUAAGCUUAAUACCUUUUAGCUGAAGCUUUUAACGGGUGAUACUUAAUGCAGAUUAUGCUAUGCUCGGAACUGUUACGUGUAAGUACUCACAAACCAUUCGUCACAAACAAACAGCUGUUAAGUCGAAAAUAUGGUAAUAUGAAAAGCUUCAUUUAAACUAAAGUAGCUGGCGGAGAUAUCUUAUCUUGCAGAUAUUAUAAAGCUCAUCUCAUCCAAAUCUAAGAUGUGUUGGGAAAACGUUGUUUCCAAAUUGUACAUAAUCAUGAUAAUUAUUAGAAUUUUUAGUUCUGUAGGGAAUACGACGUUUUUAUAAAUUAACAUAAAUGUUUCUUUUUUGUAGGAGAAUAACAGACAAUGUUCUGCAUUUGGUUGAACAAUCAUUGGAUUACAAUCUCACUGGGAACAGCCUUAAAUUACAAUUUGCUGGUGGUUUUCUUCUGCCAGCUGUGUACAUAUUUGAAACCCGUGCACACGUUAGUGUUUUAGUGGCCACAACUAGCAGUGUUCAUAGGAUUGUGUUUCCUCAUCCUGAAAGACUUCACAGACAUGCAAGUUCUUUUUGUGUCCUUUUUAGUUUCAUCUUGCGAGUGACUCUAUAACUACAAUCAGCGACAAAAAUUUUGUAUUUAAUAGUUGGGAGUAUUCAAAUAGGGUGAUUUCAGAGAACAGAUUUGGCCCCCUCCUCUUCCCCCUCUGUUCAAAGUUGGGGUGUUUGCUGUUUUCUGUAGGUAGCUUGAACAUCGGCACUACAUUGCAUGGAGAAGAUGAGGGGGAAAAAGCUAUACUUCCUCUUUUUGAAGUCAGUAAAAUGUAAGAAAGCCCAGUUUACGGCAAAGUGUCUCAGCUCAUUUUGUAGCCGAUUGUAGUAAUAUAUAAAGGUUAGGGAGUGUGGGUGAGAUAGCGUGAAGGUCAAAAUGUUCUUGACCCAGCACUGUGCACUACAGAAUUUUCAUGUGAUAUGUCAAAAUGCACACAAUCAGAUAUCAAGUGAUAGGAGGUCCAAAUGAGCGUGAUCAGAUUGUGUUCAAUACAUUCCAUCCAGUCUUGGUUAAAGUCCAAAUAAAUUCUGGCUUUAUACAAGCCGCAUCUGUGUAUUAGUGUUAUUGAGAAAAAUUCUAUUUUACGGCAGGGCUUUGCCUUAUCUUCUUCAUCUGAGGGCAGCCAGCAAUCAAUCUUCACUGACUUCUCUCCUCAUGACCUACAAGAACCUUGCAACACUGCGACUUUUUCUCAUUCUUGUUCAACAUUCUCAAGUUGGCUUUGUCAGGAUGGAAAUUGCCUUUUUGCUUUAGCAACAGGAACAGGCAUGAUCUUGUUGAUUAAAUUGCCACCUCCAGGCACUGAUGGUGAGUUAAAAUAGCAGAAAUAGUUAUCCCAUCCAUGUAAGCCGUCUUAUGUUUUAAAACCUUUGAUAAUGGACUGAUAUAUGGAGUAAGGUGUUGGUGGAGGUGGGGGGGGGGUACUCCCCUACAUGGGCUAUACGGAAUUGUGCCGCUGUACAGGGUAUGGUUUUUGACCUCGCUGUCCUAAACAGGUUAUGUAAUUUAACGUGAGUCUGUCAAAAAGGUAUUGCCUGCACUAUUGAUUUGAUUUGCUACAUGUAGAUGAAUUUUGUUUGUACUAAUAAUACAAAAGCAGUAACCAUAACGUGAAAACAAGAUGGCAUACAUUUUGUCCUUUGUCCUAAACAGGGUAAUAAAAUUGAGGGUGUUGUUCUAAAUGGGAUUUUUCUGAUUUGCUAUACCUUCCUACACCUGUUGAUUAGCCCUUUGAUUUGCAAGCAGAGCAGUCUGUAAAUUUGGUGUUUAAUGUUGGAAUGUUGAAAUAAAACAAUAAUAGUAAAUCAGUCAUGGGUAGUUCCUGGGUCAACUGUAAUUAUUUUUCAGUGACAGUGUAGAAGGGGCUGGGGAGGUCUUCCUUAAACCUUCCAACCCCUUAAAUUUCUGACAUUCUGUUGACUUGACUAGACAUUUUGUUUAAAACUGUAAGUAGACAAAAUGAAGGAGCCUAUGAAACUGUGUUCUCAAUUUAGCAACUAUACUUGCUUCUAUUUCUAGUACAGAGCUGAUGUAAAGGUUUUAAGGUUUAACCAACUAAACUACUGUAGUUACAUAAAAUGUAACUUAUUGGUAAAAACACUUUCUACAGGUCAAGUUGAACAGUUUGAGUUACAACAAGCAGGAAUGAUUCAGCGCCUGUGGUCAGGUCUUGUUCCCACCAGUCUCAGAAGGGACAUGCUAGCAGCUGAUGCUGUAGUGAGUUUGGUUAUCCAUCCAUUUGGGAAACACAUGUGUGUGUUCACACUCUGCAGAGACCUGAAACUCAGGAUCUGGUCUUGUCAGGUGAGAUAUCAGUGUGUGUGUACAAAAAUCUUAUUCAGCUCAAAUAUACUAAGAAAAUUAAAAAUGUAUUUUAGAAGCAGGGAGGUCAUAUUCAGUGUGAAAUAUUCUUGUUAAUGAAUAGCUUUUACUUUGGUUACGGGUUUUUUUUAUAUCUCUGCUUGUGUUAACAACUACACUGUAUGUACAUGCAUGUCAGGUUUAAUUCAUUCCUUGUUUCUUUUAAUCUAUUUAUUUCUGUGAUUUAAAUCUGUAGGAUCAAGCAUGUAUUCAUGUUAAAGAUCUUUUGGAAGACAUUUCUGAUGAUGUUGAUGUUCAGAGCUCUCCAGGUAAAGAAAACAUUCACAGCCACAAGGAUUAUGAUAUUGCCAUUUAAGUUCAUGCAGCUCACAAAAGAAUCAGCGUAAUGUUCUUGUGUUGACUGUUGGUAAUAUUGAUCUGAGGCUGUCUUUAAUGGAAAAAACAAGAAAAAUUAUCAAUUAGAUUAUCAAAAAAACCAUCCAUCUUGAAUGUCAAUCUGAGCUAAAAAUGCUUAUUCUUCCCAACAAGACAGAACUGAAAACUGUUUGCCCAGUGCAUAGCUCUUGCUUCCUUUAAGAUGUUGUACUCCAAAGAAAUGAAGAUAACUUUACAAUGUACUUUAACUUCAGGAAAGAAUAAUAAUAUUAUUAUUAUUCUUUGCAGCUCAAAAUCAUUUGCUUCGAAAAGUGGUGGAUCCCGCGACAGGAAGAUUUUAUCUUGGGUUGUUUUUGAGUAUAGCAGAUAACUCUCAGGUCAGCUUUAUGGUAAUAGUUUUUAUAUUGAUAUGGUGAUAACUGCUUUGUGGUAAGUGUACUGUUUGCUGAAUAUCUGUUGUAUGUGUUUUUAUCUUUUCAGUUCUGUGUUUAUGAAGUAAUAGCAGCAAAAGAGGGAAUUAUUCUAUCACAAAUUUCAUUCUCAUAUUUUAAAAAGGUAAGGUUAUUGUGUUAAUCCUGACAGCAAUGAACAGGUCCUUGUCCAUGACAACAAUAAUGAAGAGUGUUCACACAAACUCUUCUAGAAACUUGUUCUCAUUGUAUAAGCAUUGAUUUCAAUUAUUGCAGGAGGGGGUGCACCCUUCUCUUGCUCUACUUCGACACCAAUAAGCCACAUAGUUUUUUUUUUGCAGAAUACCAGUUGUAUUAGAAAACUGCAGGUCAUCUCAGGGGGGGGGGGUGCGCACCCCCUGCACCCUCCCCCUAGAUCCGCCCCUGUAUUGUACCGAGUAAUUGUAAUAAAAAUUGACUGCUUGUUCCUAAAUUUAGGCAUGUUUGUGAAGCAUGAAAGUCAGAUGUCAGCAAUUUCUUUCAAAUUUUGUUUUUUAAAACCAGGAGAAUCUUGUUGACUUUGCCGUGACUCCAUCCCAUAUUUGGACAGUAUGGAGGAACACAGAGGGUGAAAUAAUGGUGUAUGUCAAACCCAGUGAAGGGUAAGGGAUUUUAUUAGUUGAGGGGUAAGAGGAGUGCUUAUCCAUUUACACUGCAGGGCUGUCCUACAGAACAUGUAAAAAAAAUUUAAGUUACGUAAGUCUAGUAACAUGGGAAAAGUAUCUAGUGAUCUGACAUUUUCUUGUGGUCAAGAUAUCAAUAUUACAUCGACCAAAAUAACUACAGUAGAACCUUGAUAACUCAAACUGGAAUAACUCGAAUUACCUGCUAACUGGAACUAAAUUUCCUUUCACUGAAAUUUACCCCGAUAACUCGAAUUCCCCAGUAACUGGAACUGUUUUUAGUUUCCCUUCAGAGUUCAAGUUACCAGGGUUCUACUGUAUGGCUUACAUUCCUAAUUAGCAAGGCAAAAUCCAUGGCCCCAGCCCUAAAUGACAAGUCUGUACUAAAAGGACACCCAUCAAGAAUGUAGGGUGUCCAGAACUAUGCAAAAUGUUUUGUGGCACUAUGCAGGGUGAAGGAAGUAUACACUCAUGAACAACAGAGAAAUUAAGUGCUAUUAGAAAACUUAUACAAAAAGAUGGCAUAAAGAAAAAGAACAGCAAAACUUGUGUGUGUGACAAAUGUGACAGGGCUCUUACUAUGACUUGUGCUGUUGGUCCUCUUUAAAAAUAUCUGUUAAUGUCGUAGUUCCUUUCGCUAGACUUUACAAUAACUGUAAUAAAAUAAGACAACAAACAGAUGGCGUAAUGGGGGGAACACCGCUCCGCGAUCGGCGUGGUGGACGACUUCCAUAGCGUGACCAUAAAGCCUUACUUAUCUCCCCGGCGCUAAUUUACACGCGCCGGAUCGGACAAGUUCAGGUAGGUCCGAAAGAAACAAACUUAAUACGGCCUAACACUCCACGGCACUACGAGCUGAAACCUCCGGCCAGCAUCGUGCAACUUAAUGGAACGGUGUAGGCAAAUAUUUUGUUCUGGGAACUUUAUCUUAUCAGCACUACGAGCCGACUCCGCCGGCACGUGCUGGAAUACAAUCAAAUAUAAAAGUUUGCGUUAAAAUCAAAGCUUGGGGAAGUCGCCGUGAGACUUAAACCGAAAGCGAAAGAAAGCGGUGAGCCCGUGUUUAUUGGGAACCGCAACAAAGCCUCCAAAGGGAGGGAAGGGUGGGAAUUACAAAACUUUAGGACGGUUGAAGUAACCAACUUCGCAAUACAGCUCGGAAUGAGGCACAGGACUUUUACUAGGCCUUUUAUAGUCCGAGUGCUAUCACAAGGUAAGCCAAUGAAAAAUACUGUACUACAGAACAGAACGUGCACCUAAAGUGCUCCACGAGAUAUGCAUGAGGAAAAUUAUUUUUACUAGCCAUACAAAACGAGCGAUACAUCAGAAACUAGCCUCAACUGCAACAAAAAACAAGGAUUGCUAUUGUAUCAGUAGUUUCCCAGCUAUAGCCGUGAUUUUACGUACUACCCAGUAGUUUUACCCACCACGAGUAAACUUCUACGAGAUUUGAUAAGGGCUAUAGCAUAACACUGCGUUACAUGUUGUUGAGUGAGGGCGUCACGCUCCAUUAACUGCGUUUUACAAUUGAGUUGUAAAACUUUCUAUAAAGGAAGGUGAAGUUUCAUUCAGGUUAGAUAAAAGUUUAUCACUAUCUUUCAGAGGUGGACUGCAACAGACAAGUUGGACAAGAGUGUUUUUAGAACCUACAGAUCACUUUGAUGUUGAGAGUGCAACCUACAAAGAACAUAGAGUGAGUCAACUAAGUAGUCUUAUCUGGAGGGAGCAGCUGCUUGAUGCAAAUUUGGACCAGGGGCUAGGUGCAGUGUUUGCAACCCUAAAAAUACCUACACUGUUUCUUUCUGAAACAUUAAGACCUUGUCUAGAACAAGAUUGUAUGGAAUUGUAUGUCCUUUUAAGGACAGAGGGGCAAAAAAUGUAACCUGUCUAGCAGCCACCCUUGUACACAUUGUACAAGGCCAAAUAAGGAAGUAUCCCCCACCCUCCACCCCAGCCUUAACUUGUUCACAUGGUCCCACCCUACAAUAGAAAGAAUUAAAAAGUGAGGAAAAAUGUUUUAAAUUCUGUUGUUUGUUAACAGCCAAAAUCUGAAACACAUACAGAAAGCAUGUUUUCCUGUCUAACAGGGAGCAAGGGUGGCACAGUGGUGAGAGCACUUGCCUCCCACCAAUGUGGCCUGGCUUCAAAUCCCGGUGUUGACGCCAUACGUGGGUUGAGUUUGUUGUUGGUUCUCUCCUUCGUUCUGAGAGAUUUUUCUCCAGGUACUCCGGUUUUCCCCUCUCCUCAAAAACCAACAUUUUCAAAUUCCAAUUCAAUCUAGAACAGGUAGACGAAGAACCAAUAUGUGGAUGUGCUAACUCCAAAUCGUUAUUUAUUUAUUUUAUUUAUAUAUUUAUUUCAGUAAUGGUGUGUUUUGUAAGUUUGUAACUUAGUUUCUGGGUGAUCUUUUCCUAGGAAGUGUAUCUGGAGCAAAUUUUCUAUCCUGGAAGGUUUUCAAAUAACACCAUUCUGAAGGCCAUGCAGGUUCGUCACUUUAAGCACUUAGUUCUAUAACUUACUAAGUCCCAGUUACGGAUGCUCAAUCUGCAUCUCAUUUGAUAAUUGGGUAGCCUGUGUCUUAUGUUCAAAAAGGGAACCUAAGUGUCAAAUGAGUGUCCUGUGGCUCUCUAUUGCCACGAGGUGACUUGGAGCUUGCUUGCUACAAUGGUAACCUGUGGGUUGUGUAGAACUUGAUCUGUUUACUUCAAUGCAUGCCGAUUUUAAUAGUCUAAAAUUUGACAGUUUUUGGGGAUGUUGAAUAAAAUUUCAGUCGUAAUGAUUAACAUUAAAUUUGGAUGAAUAAUUGCAUUUAACAGAUUUAUCGUCAUCUACCAGUUUCAAACAUUGUCAAUGAAGUUGAUGAGACAGUUUCAAGAAGAGACCUUAAACAGGCUGUAAUCAAUCUUAUAGACUCUGAGGUUUGUGUUUUAAAAACACUUUUACUUUGAGGCUGCAACAAGGCACAGUAAUAUUAAAAUGUCAUCUUGCCUUUUUUAUCGUCCUUCUAUAAUAAGGCACCCCGAUCAUGCUUUCUAUUCAUUUUGUUCUUAUUUCUUUAGAUUCAGAUGUCUGCUCCAGAUUAUGAGAUGCUUCAUGAUCAGUUUAACAGUUUGCAGCUUCAUUGCUGGUCCAAGUUCUUCAGCUAUGUUGUACAGUACCAUCAAGUACGCUUUGUCAUACUCAUCUGAUUAUCUUAAUGUUCAUAUUAACCAUUAAUGAAAAAUGGAAAUGAAAGUUAUCACCCACAUGAACUACCACUGAGUGAUGGUGUUUACAUAAUGGUCACAUGUUAGUGAUUGCCUAGCCUGUGUAUUGGCAUCUCCUGUUUCCUUAGAAGUGAAGUAAGGGAACUGUAGACCUGUCUCUACUAGGUUUGAUAAGACCUCUUUUACUUUGAAACUGUUUUUCUUGUCACUAAAUUGAUGUUAGAUCAAUAGUAUUCCAUUUCUGUUUACAAGCAUCAUAUUUUGCGACAUGACAAGGAUGUCUGCUAAAUUAAUUUUCUUUACCCUCUUUCUUUUCAGGUUGCGAGUAAAGUCUUGGGUAUUUUUGUUGAUAACAACACAGGUUUGGUCAGUUUAGUUCGAAAGGUAAAUGUUGGAGAUGAAUCACUAGUUUUCUCCAUGUCAUAUGAUAUUAUAAGAUUUUGUUGUUGUUGAUGAUGAUGAUGAUGAUGAUGAUGGCAGUGAUGAUGUUGAUGGUGAUUGCUAUGAUGGUCCUUGUGAUUAUGUUGUUGGUGAUGAUUGUGAUAACGGUGAUCUGGCAAUGAUAGUUAUAAUACAUGUAAUGGUGACGACAAUGAUGAUUAUGAUAAUGAUGGUAAUAAUAGUAGUAAUGGUGAUGAUUAUGGCACUGAUGGUGCCAACAAAAGACAGUACCACCCUUAUAAAAUCAACUGUACUACACUAUGAAAGAGAACUAAUUUAGUAUUCAGAUGGAGAAUGUGUCAUUAACAUCACUGUGCUAUUGUGUAGGAUAUGCUGUCUUUCUUGAGACCAUGUGAUCUGUUUGAAGAAGUCCACCUUUCCCCAGAGCCAAUGGAUGUAUCGCUUCUUUCCCAAGAGCCUGUUGCUGGUUUGUUCACAAUUAAUAAAUUUGUUAAUUCUUUGUGGCUACUGCGGCCGAUAAAAUUAAGGUCCACUAGACAUUGAUUUGUAAUGGUCUUUUCUUUUCUCAAAUUGAGCUGGGAACUAGGAUUUGGUUUCCCCCCUAACAAUAACAGCAAUACAGAUUAUUCUGGCAGCUGGUUUAUUACCAUUUGUUUGGAAAUUAUAUUGUAUCUUUGCUUUUCAGUGAUGUUAAACUACAAUACUAUACUACACCACUCCCUCAAUAUACUACCGAUAGUUUGAUUUGACUUGUCCUGUUGAUACAUGUUUGUGAAUCAUUGUUGGUAACAUAAACUCUUGCAUUGUUAUUUGCAUCUGCAGCUAAAGCCCUGAAGACGUCCUUUGUAGAUUUUUGUAAUCUUAUCAAAAUGGUCUCACAACAGGUAAGGUACAAUCCCAGUUCCAGUAUACUCCUCCAGUUGAUAAUCCUGUCACCACGGAGUUAUAUUGUGGAAGUGACAUUCAACCAAUGCAGCGAAACCAACCUCCGCUUGCUUGCUCCUCUUCGUUUGUUCAAUAGUUUUGCAAUAUUGAUAUUGAUCACAGAGCAUGGAUUAAGCUUUGUGGGAAGUUUUAACAUUUUUACAUUCUUUUUGUUUAUUCAGCUGACCCUAGAACAAAUGUUAGCAUUUGACAAUGAUGUUAAAUAUCAGCUUAACCCUGCUAUAACUGCAGAUCACAUUGCUACAUUUCUCUUAACCAGUGUAAGGUAAGUAUAUAGACUCCAGAAAAGAGUAGAAGGUUUCUCUUUUUCACAUUUUUUUGUAUGGCUGGUGUAGUUAUAAUUAAAUUUUAACCUUGCUCGCCACAGAGCCCUUAGUAGCUCAGUGGUUAAAGCAUUCCACCUAGAACUCAGAGGGUCGUGAGUUUUAGUCUUACCUGGAGCUCAGAAUUUUUUCAGAGCUUUUUGGUCAGAAUUCUCUUUCUUCCAAAUAAAUAUUAAUAACUUUUUGUGGACUGAAAAUUCUUAAGCAAGUUAAGUUUACUUUUACUUAAUAGUAAUAUUUAACUUUAUUAAAUGGCAGUGAUGAUAGUGAUGGCAGUGAUUUGGAGCAACAGCAGGGUGUGGAUGGACAUGCUUUGUAUGAGUUUCAGCAGGAGCUGGAGACCAGGUACAAAAGCAUUUUGUUUAAUUAAGUUGUCAUUGGGGAAAGGGGGAUAUAGAUGGUAGGUGCUGGCAAUGAGUAGUAAGGCACAGGCAAGCAAAGUAAGUGGGUGCAACUACUUGUAACGAAGUAACCAUAGCAAUCUAAAGAAUCAAUGUCUACUAAUAUUGGUACAAUCAAACCCCUUUCGUAUGGACACUGAGGGAACCAUAGAAAGUGACCAUAUUAAGCAGGUUGAAUCUAAAUAAAAUGUACGGAUUUUUUUUUCCCAGGGACAAAGGAAACUGUCCAUGAUAAUGAGGUGUCCAUAUUAAAUAGGUGUCUGUAAAGCAGGGUGAGACCAUAACACAAUUGAAGGUUAAAAGGUGGUAAUCCGAGUUUAAAAUUAACGUUAAAUUAGAAAAAAAUAAUAUAAUUUUUGGAAAUAACAAACUAUUCUCUCUUUUAGUUUACAUAAGGUCAACCAUUUUUUCAAGUGUCUGGAUUUCCUUCUUCAAGGAUUAGAUAUUCAAGGCAUAGUGAAAGAUGGUACAGGAGAUCAGGAUACUGGUAAGAUUUCACUAUGGUAACACAGGUAGACAUCAAAGCUUGUACAUAUAAGUUAUUUCUUCCUAUAAGGUGUUAAACAGCUGGGUUCUCAUUUAUGUGGUGUUAUGUUGUUGUUGUUUUAGGUUUGUCUGAUGCAUCUCAUUUAAUGGCUUGCAGCCAUUUAUUCAGCAGUCACUUGUCUUUGUCUCUCCUCUCCAAGUCUUGUCACCAAUUAGUUACAUCCCGAUUGUCGGUGUGUAAACACCUCCUCGUGCUUCUAAGUUUGGUAACAAAGCUUGGCAUUCAUAAGGUAAUUUAUAUAAUUUUCAUCUUGUAAGUACCUCCAGUUGUAGCAGUAAUUUAUUAUUACUAUUAUUAACAAAUUGAUAAAUUAUUAGGAAGGAGCUGUAGUAUUAAUAAUACAGACAAAUGUAGCAAUGAUUUGUCAGGGUUUCACUGAUUUAAAAGUUGCAGCUUCAUCAUAAAUAUCAGAGCAUCAUAAACAAUGCCAUAGGAAAGUGCGCUGAAAUUUGGCUUGCAUUGUCAUUUUUAUUUGUUUAUCCAGAUUGGAUUAGAGGUCAGGACAGCAGGGGAUGUGUCGUCAGUUUAUAUUCCACAGACAGUGUUUUUACUGAGGUCAUACUUUGCUCUUCACUGGAUCAUGGAACAAAUUGUCACUCCUACUCCAUCAAAUGCUAUGUAAGUAUCCAAGCUUAACGACUGCUUUGCAGAUUGAAAAAUUUUGAUGCAUGCAUAAAUAAAAUUUCUAAAAUGAAGUAAAUAAACAGGAUUCUGGUAAAGCCUCAAACUUUCUAUUAGUGUAGCUUAAAGGAAAUUUCCAUCAUAUUUUUGCUAAUCUUCCCCUCAAAGAGGGGUGUGGAUGUUUUCUGGAAAAACUUUGCAUAAUAAUUGUCUGUAAGAUACCAUGACUAAAAUUACUACUGACCAAAAAUAAUUAUUAAUAAUUCUUGCAGAGAAUCAAACUUAAAACAGUUAGCAGCCCUGGAAAUAAAUGAUGGAAAGGAUUCAAAGGCAGUUUUUGGUAAGACUCACACUGCUAGAGGAGUUGAACAGACAAUUAGUUCUUCAAUUUAAACAACACAAAAACGAGAGGAGUCUACUGGGAAGGGACAGACAACCCCUCGAGAAAGAAACACCAUAACCACCAUGAGUCAACUCCUCCGUAGACCGAGAUGUACUCAAGGAAAUGCAAGAGCAAGAUCCACAACUCCUGUGGUCCACAUACUUUAACCAAGCUGUUUACACUUUAUUGGACCUUCUGUAUCCUUUGCACUCUGUUAUGAAUAUUUCAUUAAUUUGUUUAGUAAACUAAACAUUUCCUUUACUAUUUCCUUCAUUUACUAAUAAGGUUAAAAUUAAUUUGCAUACAUCACAUUCCUUUUGCUCAUAUUACCGAAGAUAUACCUGGAUCCUUUGUGCUAGGGAAAAGCAAUAUAAUAUAUCCCUUUGCUACAUCCCGGGUGUGCCCUGUAUGAGUUUGCCCUGCUCUCCCAAUUUUUUUUUUCUGGCAACCCAGUUGUAACCUAUAUGGGAAGGGACAGUGGUCAUAGUCUAUCUUCGUUAUAGGAGACAGUACAUCAAGGCAUCGUCCAGUUAAACUUUUGGCCCCGGUUGUUCAAAAGGUGAAUAGUGCUAUCCACUGGAUAGGCAAUUGGAUUGCCUAACACUUAUCAACUGGAUAGCAAUUUAUCUGGUCAAUAGCGCUAUCCAACAUUCAAACAACCAAGGCCUGAUCUUUAUUUGGAGUCCAAUAAGCUGUUUAUCACACCAUCCCUUUAGUUGCAAGUAAGUUUGUGUAGUUAGGGUCAUCACUGCCUGGUUGCCCCUUGAUGGGAUGUUAAUCUGUUGUGUGUGUACCAGGUUUACCUGAUAAGGGAGGUAAAAGGUAAAGGUCCUUAUUGUAGGUCGGUAACUUGUAACAGUACAAGAAGCUCAUGAUGCAUCUAUGUAACCCUUUUCUUUCCAUCAUUGCUUUGUGAUGAAAGAAGUCAAAACAAGGAUUUGAAGUCACAAAGAGAACUUGGAACCUCCUGUUCAGAAGGCCAUGCACUGACUGUUCUUAUCCUUGCUCCUCAGUACAACUCUUUGUCAGACCACUAUGUCAGACCACUGACCUUGUAAUAAAAAUUCUACUGUAACUAUUACUUUUGAGUGUGUACCUUAACAUAGUUGACCUAAUAGUUGGCCUCCCAAGGAGAGUGUGCUCUUUCCUGAGUUCCUGCUGACCAGUUAUCAGUAUCUUCACAUUCAAGAGUAUGCCCAUCUGAUUUGCUACUGGUGUGACACCUGCCAAUCAUCUUGGCAUUUUCUACUGGGCCAAUCACAUUUGGUGCUGGGAGAAUAUCACAAAGCCUUGGGAUACUUUUUGAAGGCUGCAAGGGGUAUUGGUGAGUAUUGGGGAUUUCUCUAUUUUAUUCUUUUCCUGAUCAUGAUUAACUGUAGGUCACAUGGCCUCUCAAUGGUAUGGAAAGUAUUGCACCUACAGUUAUGAGAAUAACAAGAAAUAUUGCAUUAACACAGUGGCGGAUCCAGGCCCCUCCUUAUUUUUAGACCAAAGUGAGGCCUGAAAGGCGGAAAAAAUUUUUUUUGGAGACCCCUCACCCCUUAUCUAAGGGUCUGGAUGACCAGCCCCCCCUUAUCUCAAGGUCUGGAUCUGGCUCUGUAACAAAUGAUUUGAUCAGUUGUCAGCUUAAACUCUAGACAAUGUUGUUGUAAGUACACUUUAGUUGUUGUUUGAAACUUAACUGUGCUUUCUACCAUGUAUUGUAGGCUCAAAAGACUCCCUUAUGUCGAAGGUUCUCCAAACUGAUGCCACAGACAUCCCAACAUUACUUGUCCUGUUUUAUGUAAAGGUCGGUGAAGGUACCUAGUGUUGCAUGCUUAAAUAUUUUAUAGUAUAUUGGCUUGGUUGACGUAAGAAUGCAAAGUUAUACACUCGGUGAUUAACUCAAUGUAGGAAGCACCCCUUUGUGGAUAUUUUAGCUUUGUUACCUGCAAGACUAACAAAGUUUAACUAACUGUGUUUCACCAAGGAUUGUUUAAUUUAGAAGUUCACAGAAAAGUAUAAGUAAGCUCACUGCUUAAAACCGUAGAUCCAGAUAGUAAGGUAUCUGCAUACUUCACCGUAAGCAAAACCAAGUGCAAUAUCUGACAUCCUUAAGAAGCAUUUUGCCUUUGUAGUUGUUGUUGUUAACUUAGCAGUGUAUAUAAUUAUUUUCAACAGGUCAUGAAGUUGUUUGAACAGUUUGAUGCUCCUGACUAUGUCAUCCAAGUAGCUCAUAUUGCUCUUGACUUGGCUCCUCCUGAUGAUUCAAACAUAGUGAGUACAGUUUACAGUGUUACCAGCCUACUUAAUGUCUGCCAGCAAUGGUGAAGCUAGCCUGUAUGUGAGUGUGUAGGUCACCUAAAAGUCAUCAUAGGGUCAUCAUAGGGUCAUCAUGCCCCAUCAUGGUCCUCUAGAAGCUCCAGCAAACAGCUAAAAUUGCUGUCUAGUUCCAUUGUCUUUCAUUUAAUUUUUGUUUCCAACAGUUUUGUUUGAUUAAUGCAAAUGUCAGUCAAUAAUGUGUAACUAAAAGUUUAUCCCCUGGUUGCCAAAAAUGCAUUGAAAUGCACUUUUCAGGAAAUCUCCCAAAAACAUUUCCCUUGAGGAUGCCCCAAGAUUCAUCCAAUGAAAGGGGGUAGUCCCCUUCAAAUACCUAACCAUACACAGUUCUGCCACAUGAAAGACACACUUUUCAAUCUGAUCAGUUGUCGCUUAUUUACCAAUGGGUGCAGUCUGGAAGAGUUGCAUCUUGAAAAAAAAGAAGCUUAGCAAGUUGUGUUCAGGAAUAGGUGCUGCUUGUAAUUAGUUGUUCUGAUGGAAAUCAAAUCCAUGUAUGUCAAGGUGUGGCAGAGAUUGAGUUCCUCUUUAUAUGGGUGUGGUCAGGAAGAGGUUACCAUUUUGCAGGGUGUUGUUACCAUCCUCUUAAGAUAGAUGUCUCCUGGUUCAGCAGAAGUAAAAAAUGAGGGGGGAGCUGAGGUGGGCGUGGUCAUUUGUGGCGGCUUAACCAAUAUUGUUUGCUGGUGUUACAUUUUCAAGAUGGUGGUGGCAGUUGUUAUUGUCAAGUUUUAUUUAUUAUCUAUAUUUUUAAUCGAACCUGUCACCUGCAAGAAUGGUCUUUAGUUAAGUAGUAAGUUACAGUAAGUUUUUCAGCUGUGAACAAAGUCUACCAAAAUAAUACAAACUCUAGUAAGCCCUGCUGAUCUUAUCCAAUGUACUGUAAUGGAAAACUUAGUAAAUACAUACAAGAGGUGUGGAUAGAUGGUUGUAUUUUAUGUCAGGUUGCUGGAUAUGGAUAAAGUCAUCUUUGGUGCUUAAUUUGUUACUUUGCUUUCUUUUUUCUUUCCAGCCUAAUCUUUGGUCAAACAUUUUCAAGCAUCAUCUGGAGUUAGGACAAAGUGAUCUGGCAUAUAAUGCAUUGAUUGCCAAUCCUGAUCCUGUCAGGUUAGUCAUUUUGUAAUUGAAGACAUAUUCCUCAUAUCACAGGAGUCUUGCUAAGUUUAAAUGAGCAAAUUAGAUUUAACUCAGUCAUUAACAAUUAACACUCCCAUUCUGGCUAUUUUGUGUAAGAUGGUCAUAUUUUCAACAGUCUGAAUUAAAGCUCAAUCAAGCUUUGGGUCAUGUUUGGCUGGAUUUUAUAGGUAAUUAUAGAUUACUGUGUUGAUAGUAGAUGAUUUUGUUCUUCUCUGCCUGACCCUCUUCUCGUGAUGUCAACCACAUAACCAUGAUUUUUUACGUUACUGCGUAAUUACUAGCUGUAAACAUAUGACAAUGCUUUUUGAACUUAACUCUCAAAGUGCCAACUUUAAUUUUCUUCUUACAAUAGCAAUAUUGUUAAUCAGGAGAAAAGGUUAUGAAAAUGAAUGAAGGGAUCACCAUAAGAAAAAAUGCUUCAAUCUUCUUAAAAAAUUUCCUCUCAACCAAUUCUUUAUGGAUGUGUAUGGAGAGGAGGGGGCUUAAGGGGUCAAGGCAACAUCUUACUGAUGUUCUAUACUUUCAGACGACGGGAUUGUUUACAUAAGUUCAUGGUGGUUCUUUGUGAAAGAGGUGAAACUCGUAGACUCAUUGAAUACCCAUUUAUCAACCUUCAAGAUGAGGUACUUGAUAUCUCAAUGUAGGAAGCACCCCUUUGUGGAUAUUUUAGCUUUGUUACCUGCAAGACUAACAAAGUUUAACUAACUGUGUUUCACCAAGGAUUGUUUAAUUUAGAAGUUCACAGAAAAGUAUAAAUAAGCUCACUGCUUAGAACCAUAGAUCCAGAAAGUAAGGUAUCUGCAUACUUCACUGUAAGCAAAACAGAGGGCAAUAUCUGACAUCCUCAAGAAGCAUUUUGCCUUUGUAGUUGUUGUUGUUAACUUACCACUGUAUGUAAUUAUUUUCAACAGGUCAUGAAGUUGUUUGAACAGUUUGAUGCUCCUGACUAUGUCAUCCAAGUAGCUCAUAUUGCUCUUGACUUGGCUCCUCCUGAUGAUUCAAACAUAGUGGGUCUAGUUCCAUCUUCCAUCAUUAAAUUUUUGUUUCCAACAGUUUUGUUUGAUUGAUGCAAAUGUCAGUAAAUAAUGUGUGGCUAAAAGUUCAUUCCCUGGUUGCUAAAAAUGCAUUGAAAUGCACUUUUCAGGAAGUCUCUCAAAAACAUUUCCCUUGAGGAUGCCCCAAGAUUCAUCCAAUGAAAGGGGGUAGUCCCUACGUGACAGACACACUUUUCAAUCUGAUCAGUCAUCGCUUAUUUACCAAUGGGUGCAGUCUGGAAGGGUUACAUCUUGAAAAAAAAAGAAGCUUAACAAGUUGUGUUCAGGAAUAGGUGCAGCUUGUAAUUAGUUGUUUUCAUGGAAAUCAAAUCCAUGUAUGUCAAGGUGUGGCAGAGAUUGAAUUCCGCUUUAUACAGGUGUGGUCAGGAAGAGGUUACCAUUUUGCAGAGUGUUGUUACCAUCCUCUUAAGAUAGAUGUCUUCUGGUCCAGCAGAAGUAAAAAAUAAGGGGGGAGCUGAGGUGGGCGUGGUCAUUUGUGGCGACUUAACCAAUAUUGUUUGCUGGUGUUACAUUGUCAAGAUGGUGGCGGCGGUUGAUAUUGUCAAGUUUUAUUUAUUAUCUAUGUUUUUAAUCGAACCUGUCACCUGCAAGAAUGGUCUUUAGUUAAGUAGUAAGUUAUAGUAAGUUUUCCAGCUGUGAACAAAGUCUACCAAAUACAAACUCUAGUAAGCCCUGCUGAUCUUAUCCAAUGUAUUGUAAUGGAAAACUUAGUAAAUACAUACAAGAGGUGUGGAUAGAUGGUUGUAUUUUAUGUCAGGUUGCUGGAUAUGGAUAAAGUAAUCUAUGGUGCUUAAUUUGUUACUUUGCUUUCUUUUUCCUUUCCAGCCUAAUCUUUGGUCAAACAUUUUCAAGCAUCAUCUGGAGUUAGGACAAAGCGAUCUGGCAUAUAAUGCAUUGAUUGCCAAUCCAGAUCCUGUCAGGUUAGUCAUUUUGUAAUUGAAGACAUAUUCCUCAUAUCACAGGAGUCUUCCUAAGUUUAAAUGAGCAAAUUAGAUUUAACUCAGUCAUUAACAAUUAACACUCCCAUUCUGGCUAUUUUGUGUAAGAUGGUCAUAUUUUGAACAGUCUGAAUUAAAGCUCAAUCAAGCUUUGGGUCAUGUUUGGCUGGAUUUUAUAGGUAAUUAUAGAUUACUGUGUUGAUAGUAGAGGAUUUUGUCCUUCUUCGCCUGACCCUCUUCUCCGGGUGUCAACCACAUAACCAUGAUUUUUUACGUUACUGCGUAAUUACUAGCUAUAAACAUAUGACAAUGCUUUUUGAACUUAACUCUCAAAGUGCCAACUUUAAUUUUCUUCUUACAAUAUCAGUAUUGUUAAUCAGAAGAAAAGGUUAUGAAAAUGAAUGAAGGGAUCACCAUAAAAAAAAUGCUUCAAUGUUCUUAAAUUUCCUCUCAACCAAUUCUAUAAGGAUGUGUAUGGAGAGGAGGGGGGCUUAAGGGGUCAAGGCAACAGCUUACUGAUGUUCUAUACUUUCAGACGACGGGAUUGUUUACAUAAGUUCAUGGUGGUUCUUUGUGAAAGAGGUGAAACUCGUAGACUCAUUGAAUACCCAUUUAUCAACCUUCAAGAUGAGGUACUUGAUANAUGAGACUCGGUCAGGAGGUCUCUGGACUUGAUAGCUUACAAAAACAGGUAUUGGUAAAGCUUACUAUUAUCCAAUAAGGACUUUGCAAGAGAUGAAAACUUAACACAACAAGGAAUGUAAGAGAGGCUAUAUAUAUAGCUUGAGCAAGUUUUUAGUCCAGUUUGCCGGGUUACCCAUGUUUUCUUUGGCAGGGACGAAGACAGCAAAGAAAGUCUAAUAAUGCCUUAAGAUUCUUGAGAGAAAACAAGUGCCUUGGCCAAUUUUUCACUGCUUUCUUUGUUUCCCUGGUCUUCCAGGGGAGAAUUUUCUCAGCUGACCUAAUCCAUAUUUUCAGUAAUGGUCUCUCCUCUCUAAUUGAGAGAUGAGGAGCUUCUUAUUUGUUUGGUGUUUCGUUUGGUAGAAUAUUAUCGUCUGUUUCUUUCUCAAUGACUUACUGUUGUGAUUUUCAUUUUAGGCCAAAUGUUAUUUAGCGGCAAUGAACGCUCUUCAUCUUGUAGAUCUGAAAAAUGCCUGGAUCGUAAAACCAUUAGACAGAGUUGAAAUCAACGUAAGUUGUACAAGGUUCAUUAACAAUUUAACAACAAUCAUAAAGGCGUGGGAAGGCAUCCUUAGACUAUGCUUUGGAUUUUAAAACACAAUAAACAGUACCAAUGGAAAGUACUGCUCAUAAGCUUUCAUUUAAAUGGUCACACCAUAGGAUUUCGUCCACAGACGCUAGGUAUUACUCAACUGUAUGCACAAGGUUCUUUCGUUUUAAUAACGCGUUAUAAACGACCACUUUACUCUUCAUCUUAGUAAAUACUACAAAAAGAAGUUAUGGGUUAAAUGCCUCCUAUUUAUCAUUUCAUAAAUCGUCGUAGAAGCCUGUUGAGCCCCCGAACAUGUCUCCGAAAAGAAAGCAAGGCGAGGAAGGUGACUUGCCCUACCCAGGUCAUAAAGGAGCACCUCGGAGAAAAGUAACCGUGCUAGAGAUGAGGGACUUGGAAGGAGAGUAUCUAUUGGUUCUUGCCAGGCUGCAGUUGAUCAAGAUUGAUGCUGAUCCUACUCAUGCAACAGGUUAGAAUGAGGAUAUAAAUGUCUGUUUUUGUCCAUGGAUGAGAUGUAAGCCAAACGUAACACUGACUAGUAAAUUAUUGUAACCCAAAGGAUUUGAUACAGAGGACGUACCUUCCUAUCCUGAGUUUAAUUGUAAAAAUGUGCUUGUGCAGUUGUUUGCUUUAAUACUUGAAUUGUUCGCUGACAGAGACUCCCUCCAAUUCGUUUGUGAAUGUGUCCUCUCCCAAUGAUGAACUAGCAUCCCGUCCAUGGAAGGGUAGUAUCAAUAUCCCAGUUUUUCAUGCCACAGUUAGCACAAAAAGAGAGGUUACACAGGUGCUGACUGGGCUUCAUGUGGCUUCUGAUUGGCGGCACCUGACUGUUUGCUUCAGAGUUGAGGGCCUCACCUAUCUCCCCACGUGUUUUCUUUUGCCUCUUGAGCUCCCCUCCCCCCCUUGCCAGCAAGCGAUGGGUCAUCCAGUUUGGCGCUAUUGAUCACUUCUAAAAAACUGCUGUUAACUUGCCAAGGUUCAGUGGAAUGACCACGCCCUACAAACUACUUUCCCACAUAGAUAAACAGUGGCCCAUCCGCCACCACCGCCCUUAUAGGAUUUCAGAUUUUCUGAAAAUAUCUCUUCAGGGGCCGUCGUUCUACGUGAUUUCUCGACUGGCCUCUGGUAACUAGAUAUUUUUAAGUUGAAAAUGAACUUUGUUUUUUUGUUUGUGUUUUGUAGGUCCUCUGCUGUCACCCCAGGAAAGUGUUGCAUUAUUGACGCAGGCUGGCCUGUUUGAUAACGCCUUCACUGUAGCCUCACAUUUUAACUUGCCAAAAGAAACAAUAUUUGAAGGACUUGCUUCAAGGUAAGGAAGUACAAGUCCUUCGAAUAAUUUGGCAUUUGAAAAUCGGUCUCAUUUAGCGAAGCAUUUUUUCUUAACGUCAAAAGCAAGCUGAUGUCAUUCCUUGGAGAAGUUACUUGUUUUAUUUUUAUUUUUUUGUUUCGUAACAGGUGUGUAAAGUUAUCUCAUCAGGGGACUGCACUUACCAGGUAAUUAAACAACACUUAGUACUCACAAUACAGAAACGAGAACUUUUUGCUACUAUCAUUAAUGUGAUAUAUCAGAUCAGUUAUCAUUUUCAUCCAAAUAGAGCUCCCACAAUUCAGAGGAUGUUUAAAUAAUUUUACUUGCAUGUUAGGCUCUUUUAUCUUUUGUCUCUUGAUAGUCAUUUUGCUAUUGAUUGCGACGUUUCCACCGUGUACUGAUCCGUACUGCAGGUCUUCAUCAAGCGAUGGUGUAGGAUCAUUAGAACUAGAGCUUAUCUACACCAUUUGCCUGAUGAACACGUGACCAGCAGUGCACAUGCGCUGUGGACACGUCGUUAUCAAAAACAAAAUAACUAUCAUCGUGAAGCGAAGGCUUAGCGAGUUCUAUCAUACACUUUACUUCUAGAGGCUCCUCGAUAUUUUAUCUUCUUUCUUGUAGAAGUUUUGGUAAAAUUCACUCCUAAUACGCGGGUAAGAUUGUAUCGCAGCCUGUUCACUACUCCCCCCCCCCCCGACGUUUCGUAAGUUCUACGUACGUGAUUGCCUCAUUCUCCGUUGGUCACUACUGAAAAUAUAGGUCUUAUAGGUCUUAUAAUAAUGCAAACCACUGUCUAUUAUUUGCAGACAGGCUGAGCAGGACGCUUUGGACUGGAUUUUAUCCAAUGACCUUGGUGAGGCGCAGGUUUCCGGUUAUAAAAGGUACUGAAGGGUGCAUUGUAUUGUGCGGUUAGUCGGUGAAGGCUUGUAAUUUGAAUGAUUUAAAAUAUUGUCGCCCUAAUAAACUAUUCUUGUUUUUGUUGUUGUUACAGUGUUGCAGAUCAGGCCUGGCAGCUAUUGAAACUCUACCUUGACAGGCUUGGAUCACGUGAUGGUUACGUGUAUUACAGAUGUGUUGCGACUAAACUGCUGUCAGCUGGCGCCACACUGCCCACGUGGCUUGUGAAUGAUUACAAGGUGAGAUCAGUGUGAACAUGUCGUCCAUCGGAAAAUGACACUGAAAUGAAGUCUGCAUGAAUCGAAAACUAGAACCACCUUGUACAAAAUGAUAAGCAGUACCACAGUAACUCAUGAAUGCUCACUCCAUAGGAUUUCAUCCACACGACUCAAAAGUUAGAACCACCUUGUACAGCAUAAUAAACAGUACCACAGGAAAGUACUGCUCAGUAGCUUUCAUUUGAAUGGUCACACCAUACGAUUUCAUCCAAAGGUCUAAAAGGUAGAACAUUUGACUGAACAGUGCCAUAGGAAAGUACUGCUUUAUUAGUUUGAUUUGGAUGGGGUUUCAAGUAAAGGCUGGUUUUCACUAGCGACGGAGUCGGAGUCGGAGUCGGAGUCUGAGUCGUAAGCGGACUCGUAAGAGCGCUUCUGACCUAGUGAAAAUCAAAAAUCGGAGUCGUAAGCGGAGUCAUAAGCGCGACGGAAUCGGAGUCAAAAGAAUCAGAACGUUUCCAUUUCUUCCGACUCCGCUUACGACUCCGUCGCUUACGUUCCGCUUAUGAUCUAGUGAAAAACAGAUUGUCGGAGUCGGAAGCAGAAGCGGAAGGAUAAACCAAUCACAAUGCACGUUCCCACGCUUUGUGAUUGGUUUGGUUCUUCUGCUUCUGCUUCCGACUCCGACAAUCUGUUUUUCACUAGAUCAUAAGCGGAACAUAAGCGACGGAGUCGUAAGCGGAAUCGGAACGCUGUUUUCACUAUAUCAUAAGCUCUACGCUUCUCAUUACGACUCCGACUCCGACUCCGUCGCUAGUGAAAACCAGCCUUUUUAAUUAAUGGAUAGCUUCUUGAGUUUGUGCCUUUUUUAACAACAAGGUUCAUUACAGUAAAAAUAACUCCAUAUCCAUGUACCUUAUUUGACAGCGAGUCAAUGCUCCUGAAUUACUCCGCUUGUACAUUAAUUACGAUCUGCUGAUUGAAGCAGUCACACUCGCUGUAGAAUACAUUCAAGCUGUUCUUGGCAACGGCAAAGAAUACUUCGGUCUCAAGGUAAACACUUUAACAACAAUGAAUUUUGUCCUUAUUUAAUCUUGUAUCAGAGGAAAACCAGUUCUAAAAUCUUAGACACGAUUUCCGAACGCUUUGAGAGGGUUCAGCUUAGUUACCGACCAUUUCCGGCUUGGUAUCGAUCAUUUUUGGCCGAUUACCAGUUUUUGUUUAAAAAGUGACCUAUAAUUGACCUUUUUUUAGCUUAUAUGUUUUGUUUCCCCAUUUCAGCCACGUGAUGUAACCCCAGAGAUCUGUUUCUUUCACUUAUCGUCCUAUGUUCGUGUAUCCACCUGGAUAUGUAUGCAUAAUUUAUGAAACGACAAAAGGCAUAUUCCGUUGAGAACAUCAUGUGUUCUGAAUUGGGAGAGCAAAACAUGCAUGCUAAAAAGAUCUAUAGGCCAUUUGCACGAUCAUUUUACCACUACUGCAACCAGAAGCCAUUUCGUUCUUCCUUUCACAUUUAAUCCCAGUGAGGUUAACAAGACCUAAUUUGCACAAGAAAGUGAAACUCUGAUGGAUUCUUGUAGUAGAAGUCAGAAGACGUCAUCGUACAAAUCGCCUAUUCAAACAUGGUACCAUUUUACCUUUCUUUGUACUGCGUUUUCUGUCUGUCUUCUACAGUGUCAGGUUUGUUCAUUAUUAACAAACUGCUUUAGGCCUCAGUAUCACUCGAAAAAUGUCAUAUUCAGAAGAAAUCACUGACGUCAAAUUACUUUAUUCCCAGAAUGCCUUGCACGCUACUAGUCCAAGUGUGUGGCUUCCUUAUACGGCAAUGGAUCAGCUGUUAGUGCUGUUAAAAGAUGUACAACCUGACUCAGAAUUAGCCAAGGUACGUCCUGUUACGUCAAAUACUCUUCAUUUGCUCUUUUUGAACCGCCGUCUGAUUCUAGAAUUCUAAGGGAGACAAAUUUCCAGUUUUACAACUGACAAAAGCCAUCAUGUGGACCACAGUCAGUAGUAUUAUUAGACUUCCUGAAGGGUUAUCCACCCGUGGGCAAGGCUAUAGCGUUACAGGAACUUAGGGGAUUAACAUAUCAUUGCACUACUCUUAUGCGCUAUUUGUUUGUCUUUUGUACAGGCACGCGACGAGCUUGUAGAGCAGCUUGACACAUUUCAUGAUCAAGUUGUCACGGUGUCACGUGACAUGACUACAGCGCAGUGGAAACGUGCCCAGCGGUCUCACGCAGCGGAGGCAAUUCCCAUAGAAUGACCUCAUGUUUUCGAAAAAAAGACUUAGUUUAUAAUCUGUUAUAAAUACAUUUUGCCCUUUUUUGUAAAUGCAUACAAGAUAUAAAAAAAGAUAUGAACAGGCCACGAAAACAAGUCAAUCAUCUGCGAAAAAAAUAACAGACACUUUCAUUUCUUUAUACCGAUUAAUAGGUUAAAAAAAAAACCGUUAAUGUUUCCGUUUAUACUAAACCAAAUAUAUAUGCCAGUUGUUUUCUUGUAACAAAUUUUUGUAAACUAUACUUUUUAGACAUCACUGAAAACUAAACCAGACUAAGUCGCAUUCUUAAAUGAGUAAUGAGGCGAGGGAAGACUGAUUAUAUAAAGUGAUUUGCAGAUUUAGUGGAACGACAAAACCUGACUCCUUCGCUCUCAUUACUCACUACCUAGCAGCAUCCCUCCCUUUAGUUUAUUUGUAAUUAUCCCUUGUCAGUUUGAACCCUCUGUAUCUGCAAGCCAGGUGUUGAGCGGAUAACUAACAACUCCUCUGUAGUUAGG